UUCACUGGCAAUACACGAAUAAAUAUUUAAGUGCGUAAAAAAAUGAUAAAUCUCCAACAAAAUAAUCAUAACACAAAUCAAACUACUAGAUACAAGUAAAUAAGGUUUAUUCAGUGUUAAUUAUUAAAUAAUACGCGACAAAAAGCUGUCAAAAACACUAAUAAAUCUUUCACUUGCGUGAAAUGUAGAAUCAACUAAAAUUAUUUGAAUACAAAAUACAAAGUUGCAUGUGGAAAGAUUAUGGAUUAUGAGGGACGUUAGGUGUCAAUGGCACAUGUUCCCAACUUGGCUUGCUUUCAACAACCAAAGCACACACGUGUAUUCUCCAUUGAGUGGUAUUCUAAUUUCCGACAAACUUGCAUGCUAACUCCUUUCAGACGCCACAAAAUCACGCAAAAUGUAUUGUUGCUUUUGUGGGUAUAAAUUAGAAGACAGCUUUGUCUACUGCCCGUCAUGUGGGCGAAAAAAAAGUGAAACAAGUUGUGCCAACGCCGAGAUAGAUCGCUCAGCUUCUACUUCCAGUACUAAUAAUCAAUUCACGAGUGGGACGCCAUCAAUAGCAGCCACGUUCGCCGAUUUUAAAAAACGAAAAGAGAUUGAGAGGCAGUCCCAUUUUAAACCUAAUAAAAGAAAUCGACAGGCAGAAGGGACACGCAGCAAGUCAACACAUGAGGUCAUUAUCAACGUUGGUUUAAUGGAAUACGAGUAUGGUGAGGCGAAAGUACAACGUGGCAAAUCUUUUCCUGUGAAGUUGACCAAAGACAUGAGCUAUGACGAAGUAAGGGAAAGAUCAGUGAAGAAGUGGGAAGACUAUGACAGAAGCUUCAGCCGAGACCGGGGUUACGUAUUGGUUUGUCCUGAUGGGAAAAUAGCUAAAAAGAUACCUGGCAGCUGUGAAGAGUUCACUUUGAGAAAAUACAAGGAAGGCCUUGCUAAAAGCUAUAGCCGAAUUACUCUGUAUCUUUGUCCAGCAACUGAAAAGAAAGAGACCAGUAUGCUACCUAUUACAAAUUGGUUAAGUGAUGAGGAAAAUGAGAUUCAUGCAAUAGAGAGAGCUAUGGGCUGUGAUUCUGAUGAUGACUGGAUUGACUGCAACAAUGUACCAUCAUCAAAUAAUGUAAUUGGCAAAUCCAGGGAAAAUGUUGAUGAACCAUCAAUUAAUCUGAACAAAGCUGAAUGUAAUCAUUCCGUUCCACUGUUUGAAGUUGCUGAUUUCUUGCCUGUUGGUUUAGAUGAGAACAUGGCUGUCCAAAAAGCUAUAAAUGAAAGCAUCCAACAACUUGGAAGUAAUGAGGAUAUAGUGUCACUGAAUGAUCAAUCUGUUGGCCUGGACUAUGAACAUGCUGUUAGGUUGAUAAAGGAGCAUUCAGCUGCAGUUGUUCAUGGGGAACCUCGUAGUGUGGUAGUAAGCCGGUUAAGCAUGUGGGAUACAGCAAAACCUUAUUUUGAAAGGAAAAAGUUCCUGGAGAAGUAUAGUUUCCUGUGUGUCACUUUCGCUUCAUUUGAGAAGCAAGAGGAUGCUAUCGAUAAUGGUGGUCCUCGUCGUGAGUUUUUUCAUCUGCUCCUUGGUGCAAUAUCUAAAGAAAGUGGCACCUUGUUAAAUACACCAGAAGGCCAUGUUAUAAGAGCUAAUUUCAAGGCAUUGCAAAGUGGUGCAUUUGCUGUGGUUGGAAAGAUGUUGGCAACUAUGAUUGUACAGGGAGGAGAGUUACCACAAAUCUUUGGCCCUAGUGUAUGUCAAUAUAUUCAGGGUGGGUUUGAUGAGGCAUUUCCCAUUGUUGAUGAAGUUCCAAAUAGCAACAUUCGAACAUCUCUAAAGGAGUUAAAUUCAGCAAAAUCCCAAGUGGAACUUGACAACUUGUGGAAGGAAUGUGCAUGGAAAUUUGACAUAGAUGGUAUGCCCUUGAACAUUGCCCUGCAACAACAAGACACCCUGGUCAAAGAGAUAACUAAAUACUUUGUCAUAAUACAAUGCAAGUCCAUGUUGGAUCAAUUUAUUGAAGGACUUUCAUAUUAUGGGGUAUUAGAGUUCAUCAGAAAGAACAAAGGAAUGGCCCAUCACAUAUUUGCAAAGAAGAAACAUGGUAACCUAUCAGUGCAAGAAGUUUUGGAGCUAUUGAGUUCUGCCUUUGCACCUCAUGGCAACCAAAGAAGGAUACCUGAGGAAGUCAUUAUGGCAAAGUUCAUUGCAUUUUUGAAAUCAAUUGAAGAUGGUACUUUGCAAGAAAGUUUGGAGGAUUGUGAUGUGGAACUCACUGACCAAGAAAAAAACUUUAUUCCGCAAUUGACACCAAGCCAUGUGCUGUUGUUUGCCACUGGGGCUGCUAGCAUACCAUCUAUAGGCUUUGACCCAAAGCCUGUAAUUAAUUUUGUGCAUGAUAGUGAAAAAGCAAUCCCUUGUGCACAGACAUGCACAAAUACAUUGAAUCUAUUUGUAAAUAGUAGAACCAAGGAUGGUAAUUUGUCACAUUACCUUCUAACAGCAUUGAUGAAUGGUGGCAUCUUUAGUAAAUUGUAAAAUACAUGCUUUUCUUACACUAUGACAUUAAAUUUUUCUAUUUAAACUUUAA